AUGGCUGAAGAAGAUCCAAAAGGCCCCGGAGGCCCAAUCUCUCUUUCUUUUUCAGGUAGUGGGUUUCUUGUAAACUACCAAAUAGGAGUGGUGCAGGCUUUAUGGGAAUUGGCACCUGAAAUAAUGAGAUCAACAUCCAAGGUCUACGGAGCAUCGUGUGGGUCAGUUGUAGCUGCAGCAGUGGCAUGUGAUGUUGACAUAGGUCUGAUAGAAGAAUUUUUUCAUGAAGCUAUGGAAGAAGCCAGGAAAGCGAGUAGUCUCACCCUUUGUCCAGGUUACCGUAUGCUUCGGAUCAUAGAGAAGCGGAUGCGUCAAAUAAUGUCGGAGAACUCACACCAGCUGGCUUCGGGGAAGCUUUGCAUUUCCCUCACGCGCUUGUUGGACUUACAGAAUGUCAUCAUUUCAGAGUACAGAUCGAAGGAGGAGCUCAUACAGGCAGUGCUCUGUAGCUGCUUCCUUCCUGUCUACUGUGGAUUCAACCCUCCCUCCUUCCAAGGCACGCGCUACAUGGAUGGAGGUAUGACUAACGUGCAGCCUGGCUCGGACUCGGAAACCAUGAUCACGGUAUCCCCUUACACAGGAGAGGUCGACAUCUGCCCGAGGGACUGCCCUGCCUAUUUCAACUGCAUUAGCUUCUUCCGAAGCACCUUCCAGCUCUCAUUUGAGAACUUGUGCAGGUUUAGCUAUAGUAUUUUCCCACCGAGUCUUUCGGUGAGUAACCUCAGGGACUGCACAGCGCCCGAUCAUUUCAGUAUUGCCAACCCCAAGCAUGUGAGGAUCAUAAAUCAUGAAUCAUGAGACUGCUUAAAAAUUGCCUUAGAAAAAAACUGCCUUAGGAAAAAAUUCUGGGUAGGUUCUAUUUGCCUUCUGAUGUUUCAGCCUUUAGAAUUCAAAUUCUCAGGCUUUUCUCCACAGCAAUGUUUUUUAAUGACA